CCCAGCUCCUGGGCUGGGUUCCUGCAGUCAGCCUGCCCAGACUGUCACACACAUUCCAGGAUUCACAUUCAUAAACACGGACUGGACAACAGCGCCAGCACUCCCCACCUGCAAGUGAGCAGCUGUUCCCAAAGGCACGGGGUACCCCCAGCCGUGUACUUCUGCCAGGACUGCUGCCCAUCAUCUCCAAGAAUAAACUCCUUGCUAGUAGCUGCGUGGAUCUGAAUCAUCUGGAAGAUUCCAAAGGAGGGCAGUGACUGCCCAGGACAAACAAGCAGACUAUAUAAGUUCCUGAGGGUUGGGCGCCACGCAGAUCUCUUCCUGUGGCUACUGCUUGCCAGAGAUACCUACAGAGAGCUUGCUUGGCAUCUACCAUGUCUGAGGUUGGCACUCCUGAAGCCCCCAUCAAGAAGAAGCGCCCCCCUGUGAAGGAAGAAGACCUGAAGGGGGCCCGAGGGAACCUGGCCAAGAACCAAGAGAUCAAGUCUAAGACAUACCAGGUCAUGCGGGACUGUGAGCAAGCUGGUUCAGCUGCCCCAUCCGUAUUCAGCCGCAACCGCACAGGCACCGAGACAGUCUUUGAGAAGCCCAAAUAGGCACCUGCCGAGAGUGUCUUUGGCUGAAGUGCACACUGACCACUGCAGCACCUGGACCCAGGAGCCUUUCCCACGAAGUCUUUGUUUGUUUUGUUUUGUUUUGUUUGUGUGUCUAAUGCUGGAGGAUGCCUUUGUCCUGCUGUCUGGAACCAUCAUGACUCCCACGACCCAAGCCCUUCUCUACCAGGACCUUGGAAACACCAAUAAAGAAGAUGCCCAAGUUGCUCCAGCCUUAGGAAGGUGUCAAUUGGUCAGUAGCCAGUAACUGCAGAGGAAGAGAAAGAAAUCUGGGGAUAUAACAUAUUCAGUGCCCUUCUGGCUCUGAGGUGGGUCGGGGAAUAAUGGACUACUGAGGUGCACUAGAAAGAGCCUUACACA